UUAUUCACAUUUCGAUUGUAUUUUUAGAGAAAACGGAAAAAUUCAGAUCGAAAUUCAUCGAAACAAAAAAUACCCGUCUGGUACUACUGAAAAAAUAAAAAUAUUAGAUCCUGAAUCUAAAAAGACGUAUAUUCUUUAUUUAAAUGUAGAAGAUGCGCAUAAAGCACGCAAUGAUAUGCAAUUUGCAUCCACGUUAUUGCAAUAUGCAAGGAAGAGUACACCUGCAAUACCUAAUGAAAAUGUAUUAAAUUUACCGGAUACUCUUGUAAGCUCUAACGAAGUCAGUCAAUUGAAUAAUGAAGAUGUCUAUAUUUGGAGUAAAAAGGAAACAUUGUUAUUAAUACAUUUGUACAAAGAAAAUGAGAAAAUGUUUACUCAUGGAAAAAUGAAGCAACAUUUAUGUUGAAAUGAAAUUGCUAAAGAAAUGGCCAAAAAAGGUUAUACUAUUUCAGGAAAGAAAUGUUGUACAAAGUUUCAAACUUUGAAAAGAACUUACAAACAAAUCAAAGAUCAUAACAAUAAAUCAGGAAAUUCAAGAAAAACAUGGGAAUACUUUGAUGCCAUGGAUGCAUUUUGUGGAACCAAACCAUGGGUUGAACCAACAGCGGUAGCUGGAUCUAACAUAAAUAAUGCAUUUGAUGAUGAUGAUAAUGAUGGAUUUUCUGAGAUUCCAAAAAAAAAAAUAAAAUCAUCAGCUGCUACGUACAAACAGAAAAUAUUAGAAUAUAGACAACUUCGUUCUGAGAAGAAAGAUGCGCAACAUGCAGAAAAAAUGGAGUUAUUAAAGGAUAUCAAAAAUUUAUUGCAGCACACAAUCGAAAAAGAUGAAUAAUCUGCUACUUAAGAUAUAUCAAAUUUAUUUUCCGCAUUCACUUUCUUCAAAAAAUUAGUAACUAUUAUUAAAGAGCAAUAUAAAAAAACGUUAUAGCUACAUGUGCUGGCAAUAAAAGAGUAAUGUAAAGAAAAACAUAAAAGAGUAAUUUUAAAAAAACGUUACAGUUAUGCUGGCAGUAAUGCAAUUGUGGAACAGUUAUGUUAUGUGAAAACAGCGGUACGCAGUAAAUAAACAGGUUAAGUUAUAAAUUUGCACGGUUGCAACAGAAAUAUUGAACGAAAACAGUGAUAGCUUAUUUGAGAAAGACGAAUUAUUAGAAUUAACCAAUUCAACAAUUUAUCGAC